UGUAAGAGUGAAGAGGAGGAAGAAGAAAGGUCUUGAGACUAUACUGAAAAGCAUAUGAAGACGGGGGCGAUGGUCCUGUAACAUACAUGUUCGGCUACCUAAGCAUUUUAUGUACUGUCUAUUUUAACGUUUUGUUAGCGUCCUUGCAAUAUAUUCGAGUAGUGGCAGAUACGGAGCCAACUGCUUAUUUGCACCUUUCAAUACUCUUGCACACCUGAUGUCUGCGGAGGCCUCUGCAGGAAGCGUGGCGUCGGAAUCGCUUCCUGUUCCGCCGCCCCCCUCAGGGGGACGGGAGGAGAAGGCAGGAGCAGGGCUCGCGGGGAGCAAGUAUGUGAAGCUGAACGUGGGGGGCUCCCUGCACUACACCACCGUCCAGACCCUCUGCAAGGAGGACAGUCUGCUGAGGAGCAUGUGCAACGGAGGGGUCGAAGUCACCAUCGACUCAGAGGGCUGGGUUGUGUUGGACAGAUGCGGACGGCAUUUUGGAUUGGUUCUAAACUUCCUACGAGAUGGGACGGUGCCACUUCCAGAAUCUCAAAGAGAGAUAGAGGAGAUACUGACAGAGGCCCAGUAUUACCGGGUCCAGGGGCUGGUUCAGCACUGCCAUACUGCAUUGAAGAAGCGGACAGAGGGCUUUGAGGGAACAUGCCGCAUUCCCAUGAUCACUUCAGCCAAAGAGGAGCAGAGGAUGAUUGCCACCUGCCGAAAGCCCGUGGUGAAAUUACAAAACAACAGGGGGAACAACAAAUACUCUUACACCAGUAACUCAGAUGACAACCUGCUGAAGAACAUUGAGCUGUUCGACAAACUGGGCCUGCGCUUCAACGGCAGAGUCCUCUUCGUCAAGGACGUGCUGGGGGAUGAGAUCUGCUGCUGGUCUUUCUACGGCGAGGGCAGGAAAAUUGCGGAGGUCUGCUGCACGUCAAUCGUCUACGCCACUGAAAAGAAACAGACAAAGGUUGAGUUCCCUGAGGCUCGCAUCUUCGAGGAGACCCUCAACAUCCUCAUCUAUGAAAAUGGCCGUGGCUCAGGGCCAGGGGGUGUGGCCUUAUUAGAGUCCGGGGGAGUGAGCUCAUCCCCAGGCGCUGGCCAAUCGGAGGAGGAGGGUGCUGGGGCUGGGGGUGGGGACCGCAGGGUCAGGCGGAUCCACGUGAGGAGACACAUCAUGCAUGACGAACGGGGACACGGGCAGCAGACUGUGUACAAGGACUGAGGAAGGGUCGGACAGGCAGGGAAGAGUUGGUACGGGUGUCCCCUGUGUGCCAGGAUCGAGAGAGAGAAGAGGUGAGGGAGGGAGAGCUGGAAAACAUACACAGGGGGUAAGAUGUAGUGUAGGGGACACUUCACUCGAUAAAAGUAAAGUACUUGUGGAAAAAACCAAAUAGGGAGAUAUUAUGGGGAAAAGUGGUGACGAGGGAAAAUGAGGCAUCUAUGUAAACCGUGAAUGAAAGAGAGGAGUUGGUUGUGCGGUACAAAACAAUAUAUUUUACACCAACUGACUGGACACUUCGGUACAUCAACACUGCACUGAGGGAGAGGGUACAAUAAAGGGGGGAAUAGAAUAGAAUGAUUCCUGUUUCAGACCUAAUUACGUUUUGACAAUUU